AUGACGAGUCGGAAGUCAUCAACGGCGACAUCCUCCUCCGCAGAGCUCUCCGAUACCGCGACGCUGACAUCGCUGGAUCUCACACGGCCCGCCCAGCUCACCCAAGCCGAUCUCGAGCGCCUCGGACGCGAGCGGCCGCCCAUCUUUGCGAGCACCUUUAUCGAAGUUGCCUUUGUCAUCUCCAUCGUCAUGUCUCUCAUGAUGAGCGAGUACUUCACCUCGGGCUUCAACAUUAUCCUGCCGACGCUGACACGCGCGGUGCACAUCCCCGAGGCGGCGCGUACGUGGCCGACGGCCGUGCCCAAUCUGGCCGCCGGCGUCGCGCUGCUGCCGUUUUCCCGGCUGUGCAGCCAGUGGAGCGCGCGCGUCGUCUUCCUCGGCGGCCACGUGUGGCUGAUGGCGUGGGCGGCGGCGGCCGGCUUCUGCACGAGCGCGACGCCGCUCAUUGUCUGCCGCGCGAUGCAGGGGCUCGGCUUCGGCGCGUUCCUGCCGGCCGGCCUGUCCAUCCUCGGCCAGAUCUACCGGCCGGGUCCCCGCAAGAACCGCGUGUACUGCGUCUACGGCGCCUUUGCGGCCGUCGGCUUCUACUUUGGCAUUCUCACAGCCGCCCUCACCACGCAGUACGCCGACUGGCGCUGGUACUUUUAUCUCGGCGCCACGCUGCAGUUCGUCGUCGUCGCCGUCAGCUACGCCGCCAUUCCGCGCGAGCUCCACGACGUGGACCCGGACGCGCGCAUGGACUGGCUGGGCCUCGUGACGUCGGUGCCGGCGCUGGCGCUCAUCAACUUUGCAUUUUCCGAGGGAAACCACGGGCCGCAGGGCUGGGGCACGCCGUACAUUGUCGUGUGCUUAGUGAUGGGUGUUAUUUGCCUCGGCCUGACGGUCUACGUGCAGGGAUGGGUAUCGACGCAGCCACUCAUGCCGCGGCGGAUAUUCAAACCAAAGUACAUGAUUCGACUAUUCGUCUCGCUGUUUUGCUUUUACGGUGUCAAUUCCAUCUUCUUGUUUUACAGCAGUCUUUACAUCGGCAAUGUGCUUCAUGCAAGCCCCAUUCUCUCUGCCGCUUGGUACACGCCCCUCUUUCUCGGUGGUCUCUUUCUUGCCAUAAUAGGUGGCAUGGUGCUGCAUUUACUAUCAAAUCAGAUCCUCCUCAUCGUGUCCAGCCUCGGCUUUCUCUUUUGCGUGCUGCUAUUCGCCAUUCUGCCAAUCGACUCUGGGCAGCCUACGAGCACUCUCUAUUGGAUGUACAUAUUCCCAGCCAUGUUUUGCGCAACUCUGGGCAUCGACCUUUCUUUCAACGUCACCAAUGUGUUUUUGACGACGGCGCUGCCGAAGCGCGACCAGGCUGUGGUGGGCGGCAUCACAAAUUGCCUGAUCUACAUUGGUAGCUCCUUUUGUCUCGGGUCCAGUGAUUUGCUCAUCUCAUCUGUGCAGAAAGUCACAGGCUCAAGCCUGAGUUUGGCACGGCAAUAUCGACUCGGCUUAUGGCUGGGUGUCGGACUGGCAGGCGUGUCGCUGCUGUUGACGGCCACCAUGCGUCUGGGCUCGGCGUCGGCGGAGCUCACCGCGGACGAGAAGGAGGAACUACGUCAAAUAGCGGAGAAGGAGAGCCUAGAGACGGCAGACACGGCAUUUGUCGCUGACAAGGAAGCGAUGCUCGUCAUCAAAGAAAAGUUGGACAAUUAG